GGAAGAGAGCUCGUGCGGUGAGAUCUGUCAAGUCCGGACACACCAGCCAACUCUCCAAACCUACUCCUGCUUUUGACUUUACCUCUACAUCAACUAAAAUCCUGCACCCGCCGCUUUGUAGCUUCAUUUUUGUUUUCAGCGAAAUCCAGAAGAAUCUGAGGACGUUGCUUCCGUGUUUUAAGAGAACACACUUACUCCAAGUUUUCCGGAAAUACAGCGCAGAGGGCAUUGGUGUGAGGAUGGCUGCGUACAAACUCGUCCUGAUCCGCCAUGGAGAGAGCUGCUGGAACCAGGAGAACCGUUUCUGCGGCUGGUUUGACGCGGACCUAAGUGAGACCGGGGAGCAGGAGGCGAAGAGAGGAGGGCAGGCUCUGAAAGAUGCUGGCUAUGAAUUCGACGUUUGCUACACCUCUGUCCUUAAGAGAGCCAUCCGCACGCUGUGGUUUGUUCUGGACAGCAUCGACCAGAUGUGGCUGCCAGUCCAUAGGACCUGGCGUCUCAAUGAGCGCCACUACGGUGGCCUGACUGGUCUCAACAAGGCUGAGACAGCUGCCAAACAUGGAGACGCUCAGGUGAAGAUCUGGAGGCGCUCCUUUGACGUUCCUCCCCCACCCAUGGAUGAGGAGCAUGACUUUUAUCAGAUCAUCAGCAAGGACCGACGUUAUGCUGACCUGACGGAGGACCAGCUUCCCAGCUGUGAGAGCCUCAAGGACACCAUCGCCCGAGCUCUGCCCUUCUGGGAGUCAGAGAUCGUUCCUCAGAUCAAAGAGGGAAAGAGGGUGCUGAUUGCUGCCCAUGGCAAUAGUCUCAGGGGUAUCGUCAAACACCUCGAGGGGAUGUCAGAGGAGGCCAUCAUGGAGCUCAACCUGCCCACAGGGAUCCCAAUCGUGUACGAGCUGGACAAGAACCUGAGGCCUGUAGGACCCAUGCAGUUCCUGGGGGAUGAGGAGACCGUCAGGAAGGCCAUGGAAGCUGUGGCUUCUCAGGGCAAAGCCAAGAAAUAGACACCCUACCCCCCCUCAUGCAUACACCUCCUACCUUCCCUUUAUGGAUGACCCAAAGUACAGAUCAACUGUGUGCUGUUCAGUAAUUAAGUUUUAUCAAGGUCAUUUCCUGUUACAAACAUCGCUGAGUUUGGCACACAGACACACAAUCUGCACUUUUAUUUCCUUAUUAUGCAGCUUCCAUACAAACCUACAGUGUAGUCUUUGAUUUAUCUUUAAAUUGUGGCAAACUAAAACAUACAGCUCAUCAUUAUACAAUGGAUAUCUGGUGAGUUAUGACUGAAGCACUGACUAACAUAAAAAUGUCAGAAUCAGCCAUAAGGAGCAAACAGAAAAACCUACAGAGUCAUUCCAACUAUUAAGGAUCUAUGUAGAUGAAGCUCAGUAGGGAGAAUAGGCCCAUUUAAAUGUUACACUGGCUGUUGUUAAAAGGGCAAGUUGGUAUGUCCUGCACUGCUGAAUUUUGUUUGCUGUGGUAUUGUGAGAAAAAUAAUAAAUAUUGUGAGCAGUUA